AUGGAGGGUGCCAGAUUACACCUCAAUACCUGGGCAAUAGGCCAUGACCAUGAGCGCCAUGAGAACCCUGAAGAGUUCAGACCUGAGAGGUACGAUGACGAUGACACGAGCAGUCUGCAGAGCGCAAACCAGGCGGACUCAUCCAAAAGAGACCACUUCGCUUUCGGAUCCGGCAGGCGAAUGUGUGCAGGAAUUUCGAUCGCCGAGAGAUCUUUCUCGGUGGCAAUCAUGCGGAUCUUGUGGGCUUUUGAUAUUACACCGAAACCUGGUACAACUUUACCGGUAGACAAUAGCCAAUUCCCUGGCGAAUUGCCUGGUAUAGCCGGUACUAGUAUGCCAGUCAUGUUGACUCCGCGAUCAGAUGAGAAAGUGCGUCUAAUUGAUGCGAGAUCUUGCAUCCUAUGA